UAUUGUUAGCUUUCCCUGUUAUUCAUCGAGGAAUGUUAAGUACUUUUCACAAACUAAUAAGAGACUUUGUGCUGGAAUUCAAAACCUCAGUUUCUUUAGCUCGCUAGUAACAAAACACCUCCAUGGAUAUUGCAUAACAGAUCUAAUUUACCACAGUUUUAAAAAGUGUAAAGCUGAGUUCAUCGGAAUUCGAAACUAGUAGUCAGCAGUGUGGUACAACGUGAAUACACUUGUGCUGGGUAAAUGGUUCUCGAGAUGUCCACUGAGAAGGUGGGUUUACCAAGUGAAGGAAUGACUGCUAAAGUAGAAGAUUCACUAUUCAGAUUUCGCAAAGAAGAAUUAGACAUUGAAAAGCUGCGUACAUUUUCAAGAUCUCUAAAUGAUAUCACUUCAGAAACAUUGUACAGCAAGUGGAAAAGAGCGCGAGGAGAGGGAACCAAGUCACCCCGGCGCACAACUCGAAGUAUCUCUCUGAUUACACCGCCAAAUAUCGCGCGCCAAGAAAACCUACAACAAGGUAAACCAGCUAGGAAGAACAGCUUUCAUGUUUUGCAGGAGAAUGUUUUCAGGCCACGGGGUUGGACUAUAGCGGCGAGUCCCAUGGAGGUCAUCAGCGAGCAUUUUGCAAUGCAUACACUAGAUGUCAAUAACAACAACGACACGCGAGGCUUAGAUGGACAAGAUGCAAAGCGUCCGUGGGGAGAGAGAAGAAGGAAUAGGAAACAAUUCAGGGUAUCAGUGCAGAUUCCUCAAAAGAAACACAGUCCACCAACGUCUACUGGAGCCGAAACAGUUACUCAAGGGAAAAAGGAUCGUGUUGAUCGUAAACAAGAGGUCGGAACCGGUUCGGAAAUUUUUACCAAAUCCUCUCAAGUGGCACGAUGUGUUUCCGAAUCUUCACGAGGGGACGGAAACACUCCGAUAGUGGCUCACCUUGUGAGUGAAGUAGAUGAUGCUCCAAAGGCAAUGGAGGACUCAUAUGCAGAGAAACCUGUUUGCAGUUUGUUUACCGAAACAGUGAAAAUCGAGCUUCCACAGCAGUCUGUUAGCAUGCCCGCAUCGCCAAACUUCCCAAUGAGAAAGGUUCCUGAACAUACGUGGGAGGAAGUCACAAAAGACUCUGAUGGGGGGCAAAGUAAAGAAGUAAUUGUCCAAGACGCCUCUGAGAUGACAGCAAGCAGUGAAAGGUCAAAAGCAUCACAGAAUACUUUUUCACUUGGCUGCACUUAUGCAGUGGUCAGCCAACCAACGCGAGAAAAUGAAAACACUGUCAAACAAAUAGCGAAAAUGAACAGCACAGUGAUCAGCAAAGAGCAACGUGCCGAGCUGGAAGAAGAAUUCCAAAAGUUGAAAAAAGCUUCGCUCGAGUUGGAUAGAGCUGAGUUUGAAGAGGGAAGAUUCGACAGCCCAAAUGGAGUCAAUUCAAAGGACAUUUUAGAGUCACAGCCGUUUAGACGAUUCUCAGAACUGAACAAUCCAACUGUAUGGAACUCAUCUAGUCAACCAACGGCCAGAGCUAUUCUACAGAAUAUUAAAAACGUUGCGCAUAAAACAGAAAAAGAGAGAAUCGAGGAUAUCGAGUGGGCUUUCGAGUGGAUCAGAAAAGAACUGGCUGAACUACGAGCUCAAGAUAAAGAUAUAAUGCGAACAUUUACUAAGAUUCAAGCCGGGAUAAGAAAAAUUAAACUCCAACGUGCAUUGAACGGCGCCUUAGACGAGUCGUACGAAUAUGACAUUGUGGACCAUUCUGUAAAUUUAAGCGCUAGCUUCUCGUAUGUUCCGUUAGUUAAAGAAUUCCACAACACGUUCCCGAGAAGAGCAAGUCUUAUAUGAACUUUUAACACUAUCUAAUCAACCGUCAAAAGACAAUAAUGAAUUGGUUCGAAAUAGAGGCAUGUCUAGGCCCGUCUGCGCUUUAUAAGUAUUGACUAAAAUUAGAGGCUUUAAUCUCUGUUACUGUAAGAAAUACUCAGCCAAGUGUGUUUUUUUUCGAGUGCAAUUAUUGAGUGCCAAGAUCAAUGCAGUAGAAAGUCCAAUGCUUUGAAGAAAGGUACUUUCGAAAUGAUAAUAAA